GCCGGGCUGGGCGCCCCCGGGGUCCCCGCCGCGGGCAUGGGCGCGCUGGCCCGGGCGCUGCUGCUGCCGCUGCUGGCCCAAUGGCUCCUGAGCGCGGCCCCGGCGCUGGCUCCGGCGCCCUUCACGUUGCCCCUCAGGGUGGCCUCGGCCACCAGCCGCGGGACUUCGCCCACCCCCGGGCCCGGGGCCCCCGCCGCGCCCGGCGCCGACGGCCUAGCGCUCGCCCUGGAACCCGCCGGGGGCACCGCCAACUUCUUGGCCAUGGUGGACAACCUGCAGGGGGACUCUGGCCGCGGCUACUACCUGGAGAUGCUGAUCGGGACCCCACCUCAGAAGCUACAGAUUCUCGUUGACACUGGAAGCAGUAACUUCGCCGUGGCAGGAGCCCCGCAUUCCUACAUAGAUUCAUACUUUGACGCGGAGCGGUCCAGCACAUACCGGCCCAAGGGAUUUGAUGUCACCGUCAAGUACACGCAAGGGAGCUGGACAGGCGUCGUUGGGGAGGACGUCGUCACCAUCCCCAAAGGCUUCAACAGUUCUUUUCUUGUCAAUGUCGCCACUAUUUUUGAGUCAGAGAAUUUCUUUUUGCCUGGGAUUAAAUGGAAUGGAAUACUUGGGCUUGCUUAUGCCAUCCUGGCCAAGCCAUCAAGUUCUCUGGAGACCUUCUUUGAUUCCCUCGUGACCCAAGCAAACAUCCCCGACGUUUUCUCCAUGCAGAUGUGCGGGGCGGGAUUGCCCGUAGCUGGAUCUGGUACCAACGGAGGUAGUCUUGUCCUGGGUGGAAUUGAACCAAGUUUGUAUAAAGGAGACAUCUGGUAUACCCCUAUUAAGGAGGAGUGGUAUUAUCAGAUAGAAAUUCUGAAAUUGGAAAUCGGAGGCCAAAGCCUUAACCUGGACUGCAGAGAGUAUAACGCAGACAAGGCCAUCGUGGAUAGUGGCACCACGCUGCUGCGCCUGCCCCAGAAGGUGUUUGAUGCGGUGGUUGACGCUGUGGCCCGCACGUCUCUGAUUCCAGAAUUCUCUGAUGGUUUUUGGACUGGGUCCCAGCUGGCAUGCUGGACGAAUUCCGAAACACCUUGGUCUUACUUCCCUAAAAUCUCCAUCUACCUGAGAGAUGAGAACUCCAGCAGAUCAUUCCGUAUAACUAUCCUGCCUCAGCUCUACAUUCAGCCCAUGAUGGGAGCAGGCCUGAAUUAUGAGUGUUACCGAUUCGGCAUCUCUCCUUCCACGAAUGCGCUGGUGAUCGGAGCAACGGUGAUGGAGGGCUUCUACGUCAUCUUUGACAGAGCACGGAAGAGGGUGGGCUUUGCGGCAAGCCCCUGUGCAGAAAUUGCAGAUGCUCCAGUGUCUGAAAUUUCCGGGCCUUUCUCAACAGACGACAUAGCCAGCAACUGUGUCCCUGCCCAGUCUUUGAACGAGCCCAUGUUGUGGAUCGUCUCCUACACUCUUAUGAGCGUGUGUGGGGUCAUCCUCCUUGUCUUAACCAUCCUGCUGCUACUCCCAAUCCGGUGUGGGCAUCUCCCCCGUGAUCCUGAGGUUGUCAACGAUGAGUCCUCUCUCGUCAGGCAUCGCUGGAAAUGAAGAGCAAGGUCUGAACUCUCGCAGCCUCAAACCCAGCUAUUAAGAGAAUCCCAUUUGGAGGGCAGCAAGCAUGGGAUCUAAGGCAAGGCUUCUUCUCGGGUCUUUGAGGCUUAUUUCUGUUCUGCUCCCAGAUGCCUUCCAGCUUUACUGUGCUUUGAUUCUUGAUUUUAAAUCUUCCAAUUCUUCUUCCUUACUUCCAAGAAAAAUCGUAAUAAAAACCACUUCAUUCUAAAUCACAACAGAUUGAAUUGGGCUUCAGGCUUUAUGGAACUGGUUACACUAAACUAUCUAGGUGUACCACCCAAAAAGACAAAAAAAAAAAAAAAGGCAAGACUUAGCUAGUUCUCUUCUCGCUCCGAUCUCUGGAAAAAUAUGUGCAUAGUUUAUAACCCCUCUUAGCUUACAGGAAGCUUUCUGUAUUGAUUGCACUUAAGGGUAUUUCGCACCAGUCCUCAACCUGGGUCAGAAUGGUACAAGAGGGCAUGCAAUACAACGGCAGGAGAAGACACCUGGGGCCUGGUGGAGGAACCAUCCUGCCCCCAUCCAAGUCGGAAGCAGAGCACCAGCUCCUUUCAUGGGUCUCUCUGUCUCUGGAUGGAGCCAGAAUCCACUAGGAGAUCAUUGCCCAAUAGUGUCACCAGCCUCUUCUGAAGAUGGAAUGCCUUUUGCCUAUCGAGAUAGAGUGGGAAGAAAACCUGCUCUUUUAUACCCAAUACUUCGUAGCAUUAUUGGUGUAAAAGUUAAAAAAAAAAAAAAAAAAAAAACUACCUCUUUUGAGACUUUGCCCAGGGUCCUGUGCCUGGGUGGGGGUGCAGGCAGCCAGAGUGCAGCCACUGCCCUCACCCAAAAGAAUUCCCAUUCCAACAGGUGAGACGUAAUGGGUGCUGAACCGCCCAGCCACCCGGAGGAGUUCUGUCACCUCACUGGUCCUUGUCACAUAUGCUUCUUCUUACUUAAGAUUAAUAAAUAGAGUUUUAAUAAGAAAAAACAAAUUCUCUUCCACUAGCCCAAUUGUUUGUUCUUCCAAAUUUUCUCUAGAAGUGGGUGUGUUAUUACCUUAUUUGGAAAUAGGGAAAUGGCUGAAUGCCUACACUUCUAGCUGCUGUCAGGGAAGGAGAUAAAAGACCUGCAGAGGACAUGGAGGGAACCUCCACAUUUCCCCGCGCUCUGGGGCAUGUAUUUUUCUUUGCAGAUAGGCUCAAGCAGACCCAUCUGGAUGAGUUUAAACGCGACCGCAUAGCAGUCAACCCAGGCGCUUCCUCACCUAGGCGCAUUCAGUCUUUGGUGACAGGUGUGCAGGGGUCUCCUCACUUAAGAGAAAUGCUCACUUGCUAUCACUUAUUAGAGGCCUUUGCCAAAGAAAAGCGGAAGCCUUUACGUCGAUGUAGCCAGCUUUAUAUGAUCUGAUGUAGUUAAGAGAAGGGUUCAAAGCCAAUACCCCUUCUCUCUUGUUCGUGUGCCAAGUUCAGUGUUCACUUUGUGUUGCUAUAGGGGUGGAUUGGAUAUGUAAUGAAAUUCCACCAGAAGUGCUAAGUGGCCCUGCCAGCAGGAGUGUCAUAUGUGUUCACAACAGGCUAUGAGUGGAUGUUUCAGCCAUCUGCUCUCUCCCUGAGUCCCCGGUCACCUCCAGAUUGAGAAGUGCAUGACCGAGCCAGAGAUGUGCGAGCCACUGAGGCAUGCCAUGGUGUCCUCGCAGGCUCUGCAGCUGCCAGAAGAAUCUGCGGUGAGAUUCUCAUGACAGAAGAUUUGAGCUGCAUCUUAGAAGGAAUGUGAGGGCGUUCAGGGGACGACGCACUCUUGGGAUGGGACCACAGACGGGGCUUCUGUUAUCAAAUGCUCCUUAUGAUGUCUGGUCUCAGCUAGUGGACAGCUAAUAGUUACAGAGUUAGAAAUCUCUGGAAGUUGGAUUCUCUUCAUGUCCUGUUGGCUUUUUCGCUGGUUCCUGUUUUGUAGGCAGCUUUGCACACAGGUGAAGCCAGUGCCUCUCCAUUGUGCCUUCCCCUUGCCAUGAAAAAUCCAAACCCCUGAAAUAAAAGGAGGAAAUUGCAGGUGUGGCCCGGUUGGUUUUGCUGCUUAUUUCUUCACACAGGAGUCUUCUAUUUCACAUUAUUGUGUUAGGUUUCUGAGGUGGGGAAGGUUCAUUCCAUGGCAGCUCAGCCAGCACUGUUCUCGGAAUACAUAAUAACAAGCUAGGUUUCCAGGUAGGGUAGUUGAAUGAAGUUGGCUGUAAUGCUCUGUAUUUUAUGUCAAAUUUCUCUGCCUUUUCAUCUCAGAUGUCAUUGGAUGUGACAUUUUAAUGGAAAUACUUAAAUUGCAAAAGCAUAACUUAGCAGCAAGAAUGAAAUAGACAAUUGAAUAUAGGACUUGUUCUGGAAUGCCUUGCCGCAGAAAUUGGACUCUGAGUCAAAACUCCCUCAGUGACACCCACCUCAUUGAAGUAGUAUGUAAAUUGAUGCUUAGCUUGGCAAACCUGCAAGGAGGUUUGUUUUGAACAGGAAAGGAAGAAGCAGCCCUUUGAAGGUGGCAGUUUUACCUUGAAAAUACAGGAAGACGGUCCUUACCUGAAAGAUGCAUUAGGUUGUUGUCAGAAACCUGGUCAACUCUGGUGGAGAAAUGAAUGCUUCUGUGUGAGCAAUGUUAUUUUAAGUAGGAUUGUGCUUUAUAUUCCCAAUAUCUUAUUUGGAAGCUUGAAAUGAAAUCCUGCCAUUUGUAACAGAAACUGUUUAUUAAGAAUAGCAAGAAAUGAGAUGUAGAUUGAUUCUAUUUUUUUUGUUUUGUUUUGAGAAUUUAAAAGAAUCACAAGUGAUUGGCAUCAGAUCUCCUGAUGUAUACUAUACACUAUUUUGUAUUUCUUCUGAAGUAAAAACAAGUACCUGGCAUUAAAGAAACAGAUGCCCUGCCUGUGACCAUAGGGGAUAUUUUUCCUGAACACAUUCCACUUCUGAACAUUUGGAAGGACUUUACCUGAUUCAUCAUGAAACUCAGAGGGUUUGGUUGGAGAUAGAUUUGGAGUCAGUUACUGUUCAAAAUCAAUAGAAGUAAUUCCCAGCAAGACAGCAUUCACGAUUCCACAGAGCACUGGGUAAUAGAUUUUGAAAAGCAACUGUGAUUUGGGAAUUCCAUUAUCUCAUUAAAGAGGUGAAGGGGGUUAUUUACUUAUUUCGUAGGCCCAGCACAUGAAUGGGACUUGUUAAAUUCCUGUUACCACGUCCCCACCAGGUGGAGUUGCCAGGCAUGGUUUAGUUCUGAGUUCUGGCCUAGUGCCACGCUGUGUCAUUGGGAAUAAAUCACUGCCCAACAGUCUGUUCCAUAAACAACAGUAAUCAAGUUUCACAGGCUUUAUUCCUAUUAGUGGAAACCAAAUAAUUGGGCAGAAUCCCAGUGUGUUUUCUCUUGCACACACUUAAUAGAAUUGAUUAUGGAACUGUUGAGAGGAAAAACUUGCCACUAAGACUUUUUUUUUUUAAGGAAAAGCAACCAAACACCAUAAAAUGUAAAAUUAUGGAUUUUGCCAAGAGAGGUACUAGAUUUUUAGUACCAAGAAAACUCCACACAAUAAAAGUUAACUUGUAUACAUCUCUAGUAGGGUUUAAGAAUUUCAGAUUUGAACUUACGGCAGUUUACCAAUUAAAAAGCAAGCUGGAAAAAUAUGUUUUCAGAGUCGGAAAGGAAAAUACAAAUAAAAUUAAAAGCAAGCUAACAAAAUAUGCAGAAUUAGCUCUUUUGGAAACGUCACCUUAAUUCUGCACAUUCUCAGAUUUCUGUUACCCUUAAAGUUGCUGAAUCCAUCGGAGGUGUGGUUUAUUUUGCACAGCUAUCAGCCCCGAACUUCAAGAAUAUUCAUGCUGGAGCCAUAUGUCUACGUCAGUAUUGACAGUGAGACACGUGGCUGGGCGGCCUUUGUGCUGCUCACGCCAAGCAAGGAUUGGUUCAUUCAAGGGAUGGAGAGUAGAGUGUGGUUGGGACUUGGCAAAUUCCAGAAUCUGGGAAGAGGGAUGGGGUAAGAAGGAGCCAGAGGAGAGGUUGCAUCCUCAACCAGCAGUUGGCCACGAGGUCUGGACCAGCCAGGAACCUCUCUCCAGGAUGACCCAGGCUGCUCAUUUCACACAAGGCUUUUGGCACAGCCCACUUUUUAGGAAUUUUCGAAAGGGACCUCUCAGGAUUGAUAAUUUGUCAAAGAGGAACAAUGAGGCCAAGAGAAACUUGCUAUAUUUAGAGCACAUCUAUUCUAAUAAAACUAGAAGUGUCCAAACUCCUAAGCAGGACACAGGCCUCAGUAGCAGGUUCAAGGCCAGGCAUGAGGACAUUCGUAGGGUAGGGUCAGGAGACUGAGGUCAAUGGGGUUGGCAGAGUUACCUUGGGGUGCUGAGCACCUGGGCAGGGCUCCUGACAACAAUCUCCCUGAUGGUCUCACUGAUUGUCAGAACAACUCAGACCUGAUGUAUCCCCCAGCUCACCAAUUCAGAAAGAAAUCCAGGUUCCUGACCAGACUCCUCCAGGAACAUCUUCCACCAGAGACAUUUCAGGAAGAAGAGCAUGAGGGGGUCCAGAAGGCUCUGGCACGUUGCUCCCUUCAGCCUCUGAGCCUCCAGUAUUCCUAGCAGGUCUCAGUCGUGCUGGAGUGCACCCCCAUCCUGUGCAGAAUCAGCGUGGAGGGGCCCAGAACCUGCAUUUUGGUACCUCAGGCAAGUUUUGUGAUCACAAACCACAGCUUCCCGACAUGGGCAAGCACCCCGGGUCAGUAAGAAUGCCAUCCUGGAGGUGGGGGAAGGCCAUUAGCCAUGUCGGUGGAGUCUGGCAGUGAGGACAGAGCAAAGCCUCUCAGUGACAUCAGUGUGUCUGCAAAGCCUCUUGUCACGCAGGUGAUGGGAAUUAGUUACCAGCAUAUGAGGACGCAGAGCUCCAACCGAUAAAUGCAGUAUUGUCUCCCCUGCCCCCGAGCUCCCUCUGGGUUUCUUAUAAGCAGAUGUUACAUACAGAUGUCCAGUGUCUCUAAACUAAAGUGUGCUGUGUCAUUUUUACAGCACACUUGCCCUUAAAGAGCACACAGUAGGUAAAGCCUGGGUCAAGAGGCACCUUAAAGUUUCCUGAUAAAUUCAAAUUCAGCCCAUGGCAAGAGCUCUCCAGGGCACCUGACCUUUGAUGCCCCAUGUGCCCCAUAAAGCCUCUGAGUACUUGUUUGGUACCACUGUCAAAGCGGUGGUUCUGGAUAUUUCCAGUCAGCGUCUCAGCAUACAGGAAUGGGUAUGUCAGUAAAACAUCUGCCUCUCCUCUGGGAAUCACAAGCAGCCCUGAGAAGUGGGCAGCUCUCUGCAGAGACGAAGAACAUUUGUAUAACAUCAACUGGGUAAAGUCUGAACUGAAUGUAACACACCAGUGUGCCCCACACGUAGCAGUCAGAGUGGAAUAUUUUGCCAGUGUGGAUUUAUAAUUAUAAAUUAUAUAGUUAUAAAUGGUGGAUUUAUAACAGAUUUCAAAUAAGUUGAGCACAGCUGUCAUUUUGGUGAGGUCAAUAAAAGACUAGAAACCUUGAACAUCCUUUGCAACCUAGCCUCCUUUGACAUUAGUGUUUCUCCACAGGAUUUUCUUCAUUUAGGUUAGAAUAUAGAUAUAUUUUUAUUCAUAAUACAUGCACAGAUCAGAAUAUCGUGAGUAGACAAGUGUCUCCAAAGGUCAGGGAUUAUUUGUUUUUUAAUGUUAAAGGCUAUAUAUAGAGGUUGCUGAAAGUUUUCUGAUAUAAGUAAGGUUUCAGCUUGCUACAUGGUACCUAUUGAAGUAAAAUUUCACAUGAAUCUCACAUUUCUGAGGUUAACGCUCCUGAAUGAAAUGUUAAGAGCACAUUAAAAGAUUAUCUCUUUUUGAGAUGAAGAAAAAAAAUGAAUAAAGCUAAUUAAGAAUCUCUUCAUCUAUGAUGAAAAUCACAAAAAAUAACAUUCUUAAACAAUGUUUUAUGCAAUUUUGUGUUCUUUGUUCUAGUAGUAUAAAACUGGGGGUUGGUUUUUUUUCUCAUUUUUCUAAUUGUAAUGUCACACAUUGUCAUCAGUUUGACUUUGAAAUUCUAUUUAGUGUCACAAUGACUCAGCACAUGUGCAAGGAAAGAAAAUGGAUGAGAUUUGUCAUGUGCCAAUGAGAAUUGACUUUUUGUAAUCUAAAAUGAUGUGUUUUCUACUAUUUCUGUUCAUUUGCACAAUUAAAUAUUCUUAAAGUUUAAAA